UCAAAAUAAACCUACUUAUUGUUCUAUAUAUCCACUUACAUCCCCUUUCUCAUAGAUUCGCUAAAGGUGCAAGGGAAUUCAAGAAGAGGACUAAAACAAUAAUAAAAUUAUGGAUAGUCUCAUCGCUAACGGAGAGAAUCGUCCAAGUCCAAAUGACUUCAUUAACUUCCUACCCUGGGCUUGUAAUCAGUUCCAGAUGGAUAGCACGAUUGUCAUCGCCAAAGUCCUGCAAAAUGAAUACUUCGGCUUAGCAUUAGGGCACAAAGAUAAAAAGAACCGCACCACGAAGCAGAAUGUUUCCCGUAACGAGCUCGGAUCUACCGAUGGAAAAGAAAGUUCACCGAAUGGCUUGCCCGAAAACAAGAACGGUCACAAUAAAAUCUAUAUAUCAGCGUACUGUGACCCUUUUGGCAACCUAGUUGAGAUAAAAUUCGAUAAGAACCGUCAAAUCCCUUGUCUUUUAUUAAAAAUCAUAGCACUUUGUAUCAAAUAUCAAAACAAUCUCACGAGGCUUACAAUAAACAGUGGCAUGGAUAAGCAUACUAUUUACGAAAUGGAUAAAUUUCUAAACAUCACUAACAUAACUGAGAUAUGUUUAGACAAUUCCUUUUUCCCAGAAGCAAAUUAUGAUCUUCUGCUCGAAGGCGGGAAUAAGAUACGCUAUCUCUCACUUGCAAGAUGUAAAAUCAACGAUACAGUUAUGGAGAACAUUUCUAAGAAGUUGAUAUUUCCUUCACCAGCUUCUGAAUUGCUGACAGUUCUCAUCCUAGCAUCAAAUAGGAUCACUGAUAAGGGAAUAGUGUUUUUGGCAGAUGCUCUCCGAUCUAAUCGGAAACUAAGCUAUAUAAGUUUAGCAGAUAAUAAUCUGACAGAUGAUGGAGUAAGUCUGAUACUAAAUAGUUUAAUGGAAUUCUCUUUAACCGAAGAUGAAAUUAUUAGAGAAAACAGAAGACACAUGCAUUAUUUGAAAGAAAAGAGAAUCAUGAUAAAUUAUAUGAUAAAGGAAUUGAGAUCUGGUGAGUAUGAUAAAAGAGAUGGUAAAUCAAAAAGAAAGGUUUUUAGACCCAUUUCAGCGGUUCCAAGUGUGAAAAAAGGCAAUUUGGGAAAGGAGAGUUCUCUGAAAUCUUUGGGUGAUUCGAAGAGUAAUCCAAAUUUAGACUAUCUAUUGUACGAUAAAGCUUUGAACAUGGUUGAAGAAAAACUCGGAGAAUUCAACGAUCCGUUUGGCGUGGCCAAUACUACAGUAAAAUAUGGUAUUAAGUACUGUCACGGCAAUAAUACAGUUGCCUUUUUGAAUUUGGCUUACAACAAUUUAUCGUAUAUAUCUUUGAAGAAGUUAUUAAGCGUCCUCUUGUAUCAGAAGUUGUUCGAUAGAAGGCCGAAAGGCUUAGUUAACUUAUGCGUUGAGGGUAACAAUGUACCGAAUUCCUGUAAGGAGCUGAGUCAAAUUGCCGAUUUAUUAGAAGAGGGUAUCACGUCUAGUGUGCUUAGAAAUGCGAUGCACAAAAAACGAGCAACGUCAAAAAUGCACAGCCUUAAGUGAAUUUAGAAACAAGU